GAGGGAGCCGCACGGCCCCGCAUGUUAAUGAGGCGGCAGCACGGGCAGCGGGAGAGCAUUUAAAAGGGGACGAGCGGGGGGGAACGCGGCAGAGCUCGGGCAGCAGCACCGCCCGCAGCCGCUCCUUCCCACCUCGAGGACGGGAAAGCAAGACCGAACCCCGCUGCGUGCGCUCGGGUACCUGCCGGCUCGCCAUGAAGCUCCUGACGGCAGCCUUGCUUCUGCUGUUCAUUGCGAUGUGCUUAGCCAGUGCGGAAGGUGUGAAGUGCAAGUGCUCGAGGAAAGGGCCGAAGAUAAGAUUCUCUAAUGUACGGAAGCUGGAAAUAAAACCGAGGUACCCAUUUUGUGUGGAGGAGAUGAUUAUCGUGACCCUGUGGACGAAAGUGAGAGGUGAGCAGCAGCACUGCCUGAACCCCAAACGCCAGAACACAGUGAGGCUGCUGAAGUGGUACCGAGUAUGGAAAGAGAAGGGCAGGGUUUAUGAAGAAUAGGAGGCGGCGGUAUGAGGAAUGGAGAGGACUCCCUUGGCUGGCGUAGGACUGGGCUCUGCAGAAGAUUAUUUCUCUCACAGACAUAAGACAAAUUCUAUAUUAUUAUAAAGCACUUUUUACCAAGGGUCAGUUUUUACAUUUUAUAGCCGUGUGCAAAAGGCUUCCAGAUUUCACAAGCAUCUGUUGCACUUCAGAUUUCACACCUGCCUGCAUCAUAUCGAGGUUGGGGGAAAAAAAACAACAACAACUCAUGUUUGAGAUUUUAAAGAGGUUUGGUUUUGUUGUUUCCUGCCUUUUUCUUUAAUUGUUAUUCAUUCAUACUUCACUAUGAUCGCAAUUGAGCUUUAUAAGCUCAUUAGACAAUGUUUGCAAAGUACUCUCCAGCUGCGUCCCUCAGCCCUUGGCAAUGGGGAAGCCUCGGGGCUGUUGGUCACGUUGGCAGCCCCCAGUGAGGCAGUGCUGGGACAGAACAGGAGCUGGGUGAGGUGCCACCAACACGUGGUGGCUGUGGUGCAGAAGCGAGGUCCCUUGGCUCAUCAGCAAAGGAUUGCAAGCACCACUCACGUACCUCUUCCUUAACAGACCUGGGGUCUUGCUGCAAGGUGAAGUGUACCACCCUCCCAUCUCAUUUCCCUACUCUAGAGAGCAUUUCUAGGUCUUUUUUUGUUACUAAGGACUUGUUUAAUUUCUUUUCCUCCUCCACCUGAAGCUCUCACACAAGGUUUGUGGCUUCAGUACUCAGACAUUUUCAGCUUCAAGACUAUUGUGUAUGAUUUCCUAGAUUUGUAGCAAAAAAAAGCCUUUAAAAGGCACCUUUUUAUGAAAAAUAUGGUAGGGCAAACAUAUAAAUACCUAUGUUUUAGUCACAGUACAACAUAUUCAUUAUUUUGAAUGUAAUACUUCAAUGUUAAGCAAAGCAUUCCUCUUUUUAAUGAAAUAACAGAACUACCUUUUCAUUUGUAAAUAUACUAUAGGAAGUCUCCCUAUACUAUCUUUCUGUAUAAUGUACUGUACUGCUAAAUUAUCAUAUGCUAUUUAAGUGUUUGAAAUACUUAGAAGGUUGCAUGCAGAUUUCAUAUUUCUUUCUAAGACAAAUGGGAAAAAGCAAUAAAAAUAUAUUUAA